UUAUUAUUCGUAUUCGUAAUCUUCUUUAGCCAGUGUAUUUGACUAGGCUUAUUUGUAAUUUGGUGUUAGCAUUUAAACGAUGGGCCUUAAAGAAGCAGUUAUUUAUCUAGACAAUCAAUUGAAUACAUAUUAUGCCGGCCAAACAAUUAAUGGAAGGAUAGAAUAUGUUUUCGAUAGUCCCAAAAAAGUUCGUGGUAUCCAUGUGAAGUUCAAAGGCGAGGCCCACACAGAGUGGCGUGAGAGUAAAGAACAGCAAACAUCCGACGGGAAAACCGAGAACACUGAUGAAGUACACACGGGGAAUGAGGAGUACUUCCAAAUAUCUUACUAUUUACUUGGAAGCAAUACUGGCAACGAGAUAGAAGUGCCAGCAGGCAAGCAAGUGUACAGCUUCACCUGCGCCCUGCCGCCCGUGCUACCAUCCUCUUUCGAGGGGGAAUUCGGAUAUGUCCGAUAUACGGUGAAAGUGACUCUCGACCGUCCGUGGAAGUUUGACCAGGAGACGAAGAUGGCUUUCACCGUUAUCAAUGCUUUGGACCUUAAUCUCAAUCCAUCUUACCGGGAGCCAAUCCGCAUGCAGCUGGAGAAGACGUUCUGCUGUUUCUGCUGUGCGUCCCCACCGCUGUCCGUGGACAUCCAAGCCCCGGUGUCCGGCUACUGUCCGGGACAAGUGAUCCCCUUGUCUGUGGACAUUGAAAAUAAGAGCAAUGUGCAGUUGCAUUUGGUUAAACUGUUUUUAAGAAAGGUUGUGACAUACCGAGCGACUUCGCCAAGCACAGCCACAAAGAAAUGCAAAGAAGUGGUACUAACGGUGCAAGAGGGCCCCGCCCCGGCCGGCUCCACCAAACACUGGGACAUGCGGCUAGAGAUACCCCCGAUACCGCCCUCUAACCUCGUCAACUGCAGCAUUAUCGACCUGGAUUACGAUUUGAAGGUAGAGUGCGUAGUGUCGGGGCUGCACACGAACCUGAAGGACCGCAAGUACGUGACGGUCGGCACCGUGCCGCUCACGGGCGGCCCGCACCCCUCCGCGCCACCCGCCCCUGCCCCGUCGUCUCCCGGCCAGCCUGCUGUGCUGCCGCUCGGCCCAGGGGAAAUUGCGCAGCCUAACGGUCCGCCGGGAGGGGACGCGGCCGGCGGCUGGGUGAUGCCCGGGUCCGGGCCCUCGGCGCCGCACCAGUCGCUCUACCCUACUCUCUCCAUGCCAGUAUACAAGGAGUCCACAUACACCGCGCGUACGAUUCAGGACCGCGGCGACAACACACACACUCGUAUCGCGGGGCCGGCCAACUUCGCCCCCUUCUACCCUACAUACGCGGCCGUACAGCCUCCCCCGCUACCUCAGUAG